AUAAAAUUACUCACAAGAAGAAGCAUCAUUAUAGAAUUACAAAACAAAAACGAAGAAAAAAAAAAUUAAAUUUUUUUGCAAAUGCAGUUUGAUUUUUGUUUGUAAUUGAUCCUAAAUUUUAAAAAAUUGUUUUAUGUUCAUGAAAUAAAAAUAAACUUAAAAUGAUUAAGCCAGAAACGGAUUCAGACAGUUCGGAAGAGUUUUUUGAUGCAGAAGACUCUACUCCAAAUCGAUUGUCAACACUAAGCCGCAAAUCGUUAGCAAAUGCCUCACAGAUACCACAAGAGUUUGUAUUUCCCGAACCAGCAGUACGGCUGCAGGCAUCGUCAGACAGUGAUGCCACACCCAUUGGAACAGUUACACCAGCUACUAGCAGUCCCAGCAGUAGUCUAAGUGCUCGUGGCACUAAAUCAGAUGUAUUUGUAGAACCAAAACCAGUGCAGGUCACUAGUAAUACUACUAGAGAUAUUAGAGAUCGUUUUCGAGAAUUGCGUCAGGGCAUGCAAAAUGACGAUGAUGAAAAUCCAGGAAAUACAUUAACACCUGAUUCUCAGAAUAGCUCCACAGAUGGAGUAUUUGCGCGUCCAACACAUCCAUUUAAAGUAGUGGAAAAUGACACUAUGAGCGUUCAAAGUAUUACAUCUUUAGGUCGUGUUGGACGUAUAUUGGCUGGCAGUAUUGACCCAUCAGCGAUGAGUAUUGAUCGGGAAUAUUUUGCUAAUACAAGCUCUAGUAGUCAACAACAACAAUUGCAACAACAACAUCAGCAGCAGCAACAAUUACAACAGCAAUUACAGCUACAGCAGCAACAAUAUUUACAUCAGACACAGUUAUCAUCAUCAGCAGCAGCUGUAUCGGCAAAUGUGUUUGCCAAUAUAAAGUCAUCAAGUGUACCGUCUAGUCUUAUGGAAUCAAAUAAAUCGUUGCAACAAUCCACUCUUGGUGUUGGUGGUAUGAGUAGUAUAAAUCAAGUGCCAUUCGAAAGUCACGUUGUAUUGCAGGAACCCGAUGUUAUAGCCAGCACUAAAUUAGCCCAUUCCAAGACUACGGAUUCGAUAACAUCUAGUGGACCGAUUGCACCACCGCGACGUAAGAAAAAGGACUCGAAGAAAGGUUCAACCAGUUCAUCCGAACAGUUUUAUAUGAAUGAGGGGAUGCGUUUGCCGGCCGCCGAUACGGAUACUGACAGUGAUACAAAAUCCGUUAAGAGUGUACGUGAUGUUCAACAGAAACUAAGCGACGACUUGGUUAAAGAAAUUGAGAAAAGCUGGAAUGAAACAAGUUCUCUGCAAAAUGCACGCAUGGCACGUUGCAGUCUUGAUGGAGGCGGUAGUAUUACAACGUCGGCAAAUAUGGCACUGUCAAUUGGCGGCUUUAGUAGUAUUAGUGCCUUAGGCGGUAAUGUUUCCUCUGUCUGCUCUUCUGUACACGCUUCUAGCAAUACAAUUGUUUCAGCAUCGGGUACAUCGUUAAGCCAAAUUUCUGCAAGUAAAACACGUCCUGUCACUACAGCUGCUGUUGGCGGUUCCAUAAAUCGCAUGUCGCAUUCUUUGGGUAAUAGUUCCACUUCGGUGUACUCCAAACCGAGUCCAUCGAAUUCGGCCAAAAGUAAUUCCGCUCCUGGCCGUGUCAGUUCCAUUGACCCUUCACAAAGUUUAAAUCUUUAUAAAGCCACCCAAGGUGGUUAUGUGGUUAAACCACGCGAUGAAGCAUCUAAUAAAGCUGAAGGACCCUCACAAGAGGAAAUUGAACGUAUUGAACGUAUAUUAAAUGAAAAUAUUCAAAGACCUAAAUUGGCUGGUACUGGUUCAAAUAGUUUAGGAAGUGCUACCAGCAAUCUAGUCGAUGUUUUUAUUAUUUAUAAAUUUACAACUUUAGUAAAUAGACCUUGGAUUUUAAAAAUCAAAUAUCCAUCUCUAAUAUAUCGUAGUAGCAGUGAUAAAGAACGUCGUAAAUCGGCGGGCGAUGAGGAUGUUUUAAAGCAAAUGAAUAUUGAUGUACGCAUACGUACAAAUUCGGGCAAGCAAUUGACGGAUUUCGAAAUACUUGAACAAGUACCGGUUAAAAAUCUAGAAACCGGUGAGACGAUGCCAUUAUCUGAGGUACGGCCACCGCCAGUGCCAGAGGGUUGGAAUCCCUUGUCGUUGCAUAUACUAAAACUUACAUCACAUCUAGAAGUUAUACAAAAGGAAUCGGAUGAUGAAAGUGUAAUUGGAAUACCGCCCUGUAGCGAGGGUCAGCCGCAGGACGAGGAAGAAGGGGAAACUGAGGACGGCAGUCGUUUGAAAAAGAAAACGGCCAAAAUUAAACGAUUUUUCGGUUCUACUAUGCGUAAGACAGUCGAUAAAGCCAAAUCGCUGGCAUCAGAGGUAUCACAUGCUCGUCACAAAGAAGAUGUGGCCGAUAUAGUUGAUGUUAUGAAUCCGGAACAAAAUAUUAAAAUUAAAGCCUCUUCAACCAAUAAGGGCCCUUAUGAAUUUACAAAAUUGCAGCACGUACAAGACUUGUCUGGAGAACAUACCGGCGCUGUUUGGUGUAUGAAAUUUAGUUCAUGUGGCCGCCUAUUAGCCACUGCUGGCCAAGAUAAAGUAUUGCGUAUUUGGGUUCUUAAAGAUGCCUAUCCUUUUUUCCAAGAUAUGCGUACAAAAUAUAAUGCCGAUCAAAAAUCCUCACCAACGCCGUCGCAAGAAUCGUUGGUAUCUCAGCAAUCUGCUGAAGAGGCAAUUGCUAUGGCAACCGCAGCUGAAAAAUGUACUGGCCCAUUUAUGCCAAAAUCGUUUUGCACUUACAUUGGUCACACAUCUGAUCUGCUGGAUGUCUCCUGGUCGAAAAACUACUUUAUACUCUCAAGUUCCAUGGAUAAAACAGUACGUUUAUGGCAUAUUUCGCGUAAAGAGUGUCUAUGCUGUUUCCAGCACAUUGAUUUUGUAACGGCCAUAGCAUUUCAUCCUCGCGAUGAUCGUUACUUCCUCAGUGGCAGUUUAGAUGGUAAACUGCGUUUAUGGAAUAUACCCGAUAAGAAGGUGGCCUUAUGGAAUGAAGUCGACGGUCAAACGAAACUAAUAACAGCGGCAAACUUUUGCCAAAACGGUCAAUUUGCUGUAGUCGGUUCCUAUGAUGGUCGCUGUAUUUUCUACAAUACCGAUCAAUUGAAAUAUCAUACUCAGAUACAUGUACGCUCGACACGUGGAAAAAAUCGCAUAGGCCGUAAAAUAAGCGGCAUUGAACCUAUGCCGGGUGAAGAUAAAAUCUUGGUUACAUCUAACGACAGUCGUGUUCGUUUAUACGAUUUGAGAGAUUUGAAUUUGUCCUGCAAAUAUAAAGGUUACCUAAAUGCUUCGUCACAAAUUAAAGCCUCUUUCAGUCAUGAUGGCAAAUAUAUAAUAGCCGGUUCUGAAAACCAAUGUAUUUAUAUAUGGAAAACAAAUCACGAUUACUCAAAAUUAAGUUCUGUACGUCGUGAUAGAAGUGAUUUUUGGGAGGGAAUUAAAGCCCAUAACGCUACAGUUACUUGUGCAAUAUUUGCUCCACAUCCUGAGGCCGUCAUUAAGCCAGAACCCGAUGAAAUAUCUCAUGAAAAGCAAACAAAUAAUCAACCAGAUCCUUUGGUGGAACAGCAUAAAAAGGGUUGCGGCUAUGUCAUGGUUAGUGCCGAUUUCAAUGGAGCCAUAAAAGUUUUUAUUAAUAAAACAAAACCUAAACACAGCAGUCUACCUUAUACUGCAAUAGCCGAUUAAAUUAUAAUAAUAAUAAUAAUAGUAAUAAUAAUAAUGUUAUAUUCUAAAUUGUAUGCGAUAUAUACAUACAUAUAUUUUGUUAAAUAUUUAAAUUUCUUCUUCUACAUUUUAACUUUUCUUUAAAAUAUUUUUUUUUGAAAAGUAAUAUUAAAAAAACAGACAAGAAGGAAACUAAUAACUUUAACUAAAAUAUUAAACAAAUUAUUUACAGAAUUUGAUAUUAUUGCAACACAUACAUACAUAUUUUUAUAUAUAUUUUGAUAUUUUCAUAAAUUUUCUUUAAACAUAUACAUACAUAUUUAUAUUUUAAUUUAAAACUAAUAUCACUGUUUUAAUAAUUUUUGUUUGUGUGUUCAGCUUCUUUUCAGCUUUUUAUAUUUUUUGGUUUAAUAAUGUAAUGUUUCAGUUUGUCUUAUUUUGUAGAUAUGAUUUAAUAUUUUUUUAACUUUACUUAAUCUGCUACAGUAUUUCUUGAUUAUUGUGUAAUAUUUAAAUAUUAAAAAACAAAAAACAUUUACAUGAAAAUAAAAAUUCUUUAUUUUGAGUAGCAUGAUAAAUUUAAAA